ACAAUCAAAGUGGGAAGGCCACUAAAGUCGUACGUACAAGUCUACAACAGCUACAGCUGACUCGCCACGCCUUUCUCUACAACAGCUCACUCUUCUCAACUUCCGAAACCGGAGCAGAGCAGAGCGGACAGCGAAGGAUAGAGAGCAGAGCACCGGAUCAGAUCACAUGGCGCCGCCUCCGUCUCCCCUGCCGCGAGUGCGCGUCCUCGAGCGCAUCCGCGUCGAGCCGCAGCCAUCUGAUUCUGAGCAAGAAGAGUCUGCGCUCCCUCUCACCUUCUUCGAUGUCGCCUGGCUCUUCACCGGCCCUGUUGAGCGCCUCUUCUUCUUCCGCCACCCGGAGCCGGCCUCCACGCUCCCGCUCCUCCGCUCCUCGCUCUCCCUCGCGCUCCGCCGCUUCUACCCGCUCGCCGGCACAAUCAGGCCCCACGCGCCCUUCCUCUGCUCGUACACCCGUGGCACCGAUGCCCUCACCAUGGUCGUCGCCGAGUCGGACAGCCCCGAGGAUUUCGACCGCCUCGUCGCCAGGUCGCCCAGGGACCUGGCCCUGAUUCGCCCCCUCGUGCCGCAGCUGCCGCCGCCGGGGAACGACGGAGCGUUCGCGCUCGCCGCCGUGCAGGUCACCGUCUUCCCCGGCCGCGGCCUCUGCCUCGGCGUCUCCGUCCACCACGCUGCUUGCGACGAUGCCUCCACCAUGCAUUUCGUCCGCACCUGGGCCGCGGCCUGCCGCCUAGGCCUCGAGAACGACGAAGGAUCCGAGGACGCCGUGCUGCCGCCGCCGCCGGUUCUGGACCGGUCCGUCGUCGCUGACCCCGACGACCUGCGCGGGAAGACGCUCGCCGGGAUGGCGCGCCUCGCCCCUCCCCCUCCCCCGACACCUCCGCCGCCGCAGCAGGAGGAGAAGACGCCGAUGGUGAUGGCGUCGUUCCUGCUGCCACGCGAGCAGAUCGACCGGAUCAAGGAGGGCGCGGCGGCAAAGGCGUCGUCUUUCGUGGCGGCGUCGGCCUUGGCGUGGGUGUGCCUCCUCAAGUGCGGUUCCGCUGGCGUCGCGGGCGCCCAGCGCAGUCACAUGCUCUUCUCUGCCGAGUGCCGGUCCAGGCUGACGCCGCCACUGCAGGCCGAAUACUUCGGCAACUGCCUGCGCCCCUGCUUCGUGGAAGCCGCCACGGCGGACCUCCUCUCUGGCGAAACAGCGGACGGCGUGGCUGCGGCGGCGGCGGCUAUCGGGAGCGCGAUCCGGGAGAUGGAGCAGGGCGUGCUGGAUGGCGCGGAGGGGUGGCUGGGCAGCGUGCUGUCGGUGCUUCCGGAGCGGCCCAUGUCCGCGGGCGGGUCCCCCAGGCACGGCGUGUACGAAACCGCGGACUUCGGGUGGGGCCGGCCGGCGAGGGUGGAGAUGGUGUCGGUGGAGAAGACGCCCGGGACGGUAGCGCUGGCGGAGAGCCCGGAGGGAGAUGGCGGCAUCGAGCUCGGGGUGGUGUUGCCGCCGGACGCCAUGGAUGCAUUUGCUUCCUGCUUUGCGCAUGCCCUCGGCGCCACCGUCUGAUUGGCAUUCCGAAUUUCCGAUCCUAGCUGCACCUGCUGCCUUCUACAACAACACAAAACCAAAGAUUCGAUUGAAGCAGCUUGUUAUUUGUGCUUGAUUAAUUGAUUUACUUUAUUGUCUUUGAGUGAUCUCGUUCUUUCAGUAGAUGCGCUGCGGAUGUGCGAAGUCAAGUAAUAAGCAUGUCGAAUCGUUCCGAAAUCAAUUAAGCAUCGUGAUUUAUGAA